GCGGAAUGAGCGGAGGCGGCGAGGUCGAGGCGGCGGCGGCGGAGCCUCUCAUCGUCCCCGCCCUCGAGCCUCCUCCUGAUGAGCCGGCGGCGGUGGGGGCGGAGGUGCGGAAGCAGGCGGGGCUCGCGGCGCCGCUGGUGGCGUGUAGCCUUCUGCAGUACAGCCUGCAGGUGGUCUCCGUCAUGUUCGCCGGACACCUCGGCGAGCUCUCCCUCUCCGGCGCCUCUGUCGCCUCGUCCUUCGCCAACGUCACCGGAUUCAGCGUGCUGAAAAUUUCAAUGAAAACUGCAUAUCUGUUUAUUCCAUGGCAAGCUGGGAAUGGGAAGCGCUUUGGAUACAUUCUGUGGACAGUCAUAUGGAGCAAAACAAUUUGAUAUGCUCGGGACACAUGCGCAAAGGGCUAUCUUUGUUCUUAUGAUUAUGGGUGUUCCACUGGCCUUUGUGUUGGCUUUUUCUGGCCAAAUUCUUAUCGCUCUUGGUCAAAAUCCUGAGAUAUCAUCUGAAGCUGGAUUGUAUGCUCUGUGGUUGAUUCCUGGCCUUUUUGCAUAUGGUUUGCUUCAGUGCCUUACCAAGUUUCUGCAAACUCAAAACAUUGUCCACCCGCUGGUAGUUUGUUCUGCGAUUACCCUGGUACUUCACAUUCUACUGUGCUGGGUCAUGGUUCAUUGUUUUGACCUUGGCAAUAGAGGUGCAGCUUUGUCAAUAUCAUUAUCUUACUGGUUCAAUGUGAUAUUGCUAGCAAUAUAUAUAAAAGUUUCUGAGGUUGGCAGAAGGAGUUGGCCUGGGUGGUCAAGGGAGGCACUUAAGUUAAAGGAUGUUAACAUGUAUCUAAGGCUAGCCAUUCCAUCUACCUUUAUGACUUGCUUGGAGUAUUGGGCAUUUGAGAUGGUGGUUCUUCUUGCCGGCUUUCUACCUAAUCCAAAACUGGAAACCUCAAUUUUGUCAAUAAGCUUGAAUACAAUGUGGAUGGUUUAUACAAUUCCAAGUGGUCUCAGCAGUGCAAUAAGUAUAAGAGUUUCCAAUGAAUUAGGUGCUGGGAAUCCCCAAGCAGCACAGUUAUCAGUCUUUGUUUCAGGAAUCAUGUGCCUAACUGAAGGCAUGCUUGUAGCUAUUAUCACAGUUUUGGUACGAGAUAUCUGGGGUUACUUGUACAGUAAUGAAGAUGAGGUUGUGAAAUAUGUCGCAAAAAUGAUGCCGAUUCUUGCUAUAUCUGACUUCAUGGAUGGAAUACAAUGCACAUUAUCAGGCGCUGCUAGAGGCUGUGGCUGGCAAAAAGUAUGUUCUGUUAUCAACUUGUGUGCUUACUAUACAAUCGGUCUCCCUUCAGCUGUUAUUUUUGCAUUUGUUCUGAAGAUCGGUGGUAAGGGGCUUUGGAUGGGAAUAAUAUGUGCCAUGACAGUGCAAAUUUUGGCGCUGGUUGUCAUGCUGCUUCGUACACGCUGGAAUGAAGAGGCUGAAAAGGCCCGGGAUAGAGUUCAGGGUUCAGAUGGAAGAAUGAUGUUGGCCUGAAAACAGAUAUCACCAGUUUUGAUUAUACCACCACAAAAGCAGUUAUUUAUAUCAUAGCACUAUAUAUAUAGAGUUGUUGAUACUGCUGAUUAUUUUGAGACUUAUCUGUUGUACGUUCAAUAAGUGCAACUGAUUGUGUAUAUGACUUGUUUUCUUUUGUAUAGUUAAUAUGGUGAGCUGUGAAUGAAAUACUGCAUAGUUCGCCUUUCAACACAGAUAAAGUGGGAUUGUGGGAGCAGAUGAAACUAAACCAUCAGAAACUGAGAUUGAAGUCACCAAAGCAUCCAGUUAUCCAGAUUAGUGCAGGUACUGCAAAUUUAUUCAUACUACCUCCUCCCAACCAGAUCAGAUUGCUAUGGUUACAAUCUUGUGAAGACAAACAUGAUUAAUCAUUAAACUUCUAUUAUGAGACAUUGGUCUACCUACCUCGAUGUUCCUUUCCUGAAGAAGAUGCUAUGCUAAUAUAGCUUUCAUCUUAAAGAAAAUCAAGGUGAUCGAGGAGUACCAUGUUACAUUCCAACAUGCUUUAGUUGUUGCUACUGCUCUCUCAGUUAUACAUGUAUAAUGCGAAAAGAAAAAAGUCCAGGAAUUUCCUCCUUUUAAUGCAAAGAUUGGAAAGCUUUUUUGCAUUCUCUAAAAACAAGGUUCAGGAAGAAAAGGUAGGAUAAAUCACACCAUUAUAAUUUCAACAUCUUUGAAAAUUAACACAUGCCUUCUUAUGUCAAAAUAAACAAUUCUGGUUUUAGCAACUGAGUGAUAAUAACCCUGCCCAUACUUUCCUACUUGUCCUGCAAAGAAGUCCGCAGAGACUGAAACUUCCUCCCGGGCCUUCCCAUUCAAAAAUUGUGUACUAUCUUCAAAACGCAUUUAUUUACAGCAAACUAUCUGGUGUUUAUUUAUGCAUAAUGGUACUUGGAUCAUCAUCCUGGGCCUUGGUCUUAGUUUAUCACUGUUAUUGCUUAUUCUCUAUCACCUCUUUAUCUUUUGUCGAUCUUCCUUUCUUAGAGUACUCUAUACAUAUAUAGCUGCUCUAGUAUGAUAUGUCAUGGUUAAAUUCAUGGGCCCAUCUUGUUUCUCCUUCACUCUCCGCCACUCAGCAUCCUCAGUCUGACCUCAGAUACGUAUUAUCAUUUGUCAUACAUGUGUCCCUCUCUUGUUGGACCAGAAGUCUUCAGCACGUAAAGCACUUGAUAAAGCAGCACCUGACCUGAGUCAGAACUUCUGGACGCAUAGCAUAAUUGCUUCCCUGCUUGGCUAGCUUAAUAUACAAGGCCAAUUAAGAGUGCAUUUAUCAGAAGAACGUGCACAAACCACCCUAAUUGAUGGCAUCCAAAAGCUACAUUUCCUCUACCAAUUAGGUACGUGAGGUCAAAGGGCUGAACCGGGCAAAAGCAGAGACAAAGAUUUCUGACCAUGAAGCCUUCAUCUCAGUGCAGAAUUUCCAAAAACAUUUCACGUCUGCUGAACAGUAAACAUUUCUUUCGAAAGACUCUUUUGCAUAUUAUCAGACAAUCAGAUGAAGCUUUUGCAGAAGUACUUCAAUUGCACUGCUGCCAUUUACUCAUUGCCCCUUUAUUAAAUAUUCAAAUCCCAGUUCAGAUGUAAAACUAUGAAGUUCCAGCUUUGAAAGUUGAAAGCCAGCAGAAAGGAUGCAGAUGCAGAUAAAGAAUUUUUUACGUAGAGUUGAUGAAACUCAGCUGGUUUUAACUGCAUAGAGAAGCCUCUUUGGCUCUUUCUGUGUCACCAUGAAAUGCAGCACACGUGCACCCUUGAGCGGAUGAGCUGGUGACACUGAGCUAUCAGCUACAAAGCAGCGAGUACUUUGCUUACAGGAGAUGAUUCUGGAGUGCUUUCUUUCUGGUUUCGGCAGCUCAAUGAUCGCACCGUGAAAGGCGAGGAAGCAACAGAAAUUUGGUAGCUUCUCCCAAGUGGAGAUGAUCGUGGAAGCUGAGCUGUUUCCACAUCCCAAAACUACACCUACUAACCGUGUGGGUUAAUCGACUCUCAUCUGAAAGAUACUACUGAUCAUUUCUGAAGAAUGCAAGAAAAUGAAAAUGUGUGAAAUAGGCAAUAUCUAUGAUUAAGGCCACGAUUGUCGGUUAUUUGGGCGUUUUCCACAUAUGAUUGAUGGCAUCUAAUGAUCACGUUUGUACUGAUUAAUCUCUUGGUCGGUUCAGUAAUCAGUAGUAGUAUUGAGGUAACGAGAGGGAAAUGGCUCCUUUCAGUUGGUUUACUGUCUUGUCAUGCCGUCUUUUCUUGUGGGAAACAGUUCAACAACCACUGCAGCUUUGUUUGGGUUCAUGGAUUGUUUAGGACCGUUCUGUGGUGCAUCAUAGGCUAUGGUCUUAUUUGGCAGGGUUCACCUUAAAGUUCCUGCAAACUGGCUUCCCAGAUGAACUCUGAACAUUUCGUUGUCUGCACAGGUUCCCAGAAUUAACGCCUGCUAAGAUCUUGGAAGAACAAUAUUGGUGGCAAAAGUGAAUUGUUCAUCACUACCCACAG